ACACGCGGCGGCCGCUUCCCUCCCUCCCGCCGCGGUCGGCGUUGGCGCUCCGAAGGUGGCCAGCCAGCCAGCUAGCGAGCCAAGCCAGUCAGUCAGUUAGUGUGCUAGCCUACGUGAGCCUUAAGAUGUGAUGGAUAAGUCGGUCUACACGACCAUAGUAGCCACACUGGGCUUUAUAUGCUUCACUGUGGCCGCUAUCGCCGUCGGCCUGCCUCUCUGGGGAUACUUCGACAACCCUGAAUCUGGAUUCGGAUAUGGAGUGAACAAAGGUGGGGAAAGGGGAUACUUUGGCCCCUGGAAAGUUUGCCAAGAAUUGCUCUACGGCCGUGAAAAAUGUGGGACUGCCAUCUCUCAGUUCCGGCCCAUUGGUGCGGUGUACGGAGCUGGAAUUGCCGCCGCCGCAGCUACAUCCCUCCUGGGCUUCUUCUGUGUGCUGAGCGUGUUCCAAAUUGCCAUGGUGGUGAGCAAGGACAGAGUUGUAAUGAACUAUUCGAUGGUGGUGUCCGCAAAACUCACGUUCGCCAUUCUAGCAGUAUUGCUGUCAAUAGUAUCCGCCGGACUCUUUGCCAUCCAGUCAGAUGAUGUGGACCACAGAUUCAGAAUCACUCGAGGUCCAUCGUUCUAUCUUGAAGUGGUCUCUAUUGUACUCAACUUUGUUUUGUUCCUGCUCGCGCUCUACGAUGUUAUCUUCACCAGAAGAACUGAUGGCGACCCAACGAAAGUGGACGGCCGAGAUCCCUCUGGGGCUCGAGCUGUCACCUUUGGGAACCCGGGAUUCAAAGAAAACGGGGUGGCCGUGACCAACGCUAGCGGCAGGCCGUACUCGCCAAACAGGCCCUACUCACCAAACAGGCCCUACUCACCGCCUUAUUCUCCCGGUUCGCCGUCGACAACAAUGAGCACGGUGACAGGGAGCGUGGGGUCAGUAGCAACUCUUUCGACCAACGGCUCUACGCGCAGCCCGCUGAGAUCGAGUCUGAAGAAGCCGCGGCCAAAGGGAGUGGAUGGUUUGGGAAUCCAAAAUCCAGGCUUCAGCGGCGGCUCGCCCACGUUUUCGCGGAACGGCAGCAUCAAGAAAGUGCGCAUCCAGACACACAGUACUGAAGUUUGAAAGUACAAAGAAGAGGACACGGUGGUUUGGUUAGUGACUGACUGUGAUAAACCUCUUUUCCGGUGGCACACUGUGGCGCAAAAUUUAGUAAACACUCUUUCCAGUACUUUUGUGAUUCGCACUGUAAAAAAAAUCACUUAUUAUUGCUCAAUCCAAUUGAUCACUCUUACAUAUUAUCUUUCAAUCUCAUCGUAACUUCUGACCGAUUUCGCCACACCGAAUUUUGUCACUAAUGAUUUUAUCGAUAACAUUCCAACCGAUAGAAAUGCAAACUAGUCUCAGACUGUAUAUUAUUGUUAGACUUUUUUAUUACUAAAAUGCAUAUUUUUACUUGUGCGUCUAAAUUGUUGUUGUCCUUCGUGAGUUUGUUAAAUUUAAGUGAGAUUUAUAUUAUUUGUUUUCUCCGGUUGGAUAGAUAGCUUUUUGAAAGCUAUAGUAUUUUUAAAAGUUGUUGAUAUAUUGGUUUGCACUUAAAAAUAACAAACCCCAGUUAACCAAACUGAUAUUAUAUAAUGUGACAGACUCAGUCAGACGCACACUUCUCUGCCAGCGGGGUUUUAGGAGAUUACGUGUCGAGCGCAAAACUCGCCAUCCAGGCGAGUUCUUCUCUCGCCACGUAAUCUUCCAGGGGCAAACCUCGCAGCGCUGGUUUGCCUUUGCAUCGCCACAGCUUCCAAUGGUGGGUUGGAAAACUCGCUGGCCAAAGUAGUUGUUUCGUCUAGAUAGGAACAAUGUCGCGUAAAUAGAUUUGUAAGUAAAGUAAUUAUAAGAAAAAUAUACGAGAUGCCUUGCGAAAUCCGUCCAUUAGAGUAAGCCCUGCCCUGGGAGCUCCAGGAAAUUUCUUGCGAGCGUCCAUUCCCGGGGAGAGCCAAGUAUUUAGCUAGUUAAGCGAGUUGUGUGAGCUUGGAUGAAUGUGAUUACAGUUUUGUGUUCUCCAGGGGACACAGUUCCUGUGAUUGAAUGUGUAUUGAAAAGUGCCCGAUGCAAUCCGUCCGUUAGAGUAGGCCGAGCAAGUUUCCGUCCUAGAAACGCCUCGGCUGAAGUAGUAGUGUGUGUAUGUGUGUGUGUGUAAGAGAGAGAUGAGAGUCAACAUAUUCGUUGCAAGUAGUUUUUACAGGCCUUGAAUUUAUUUCGGUGUUUAACCUUAGAGGGUGACUGAGCGAGGAGUGAAUGAUAUUGGAAUUUAUUAGUAAUUCCUUUAUGACUGUGUGAUGUGUGGUCCAUGGCGCAGAGUUAGAUUAAUGUAAAUAAUAAUGUGUACAUAUCUGUUGAACUGAGCUACUUACAUUAACACUGACGACUAAUUAUUGAAGUAUAUAUCUGCUGAGAGCAUUUUAUGAGUAAACCAUCGAACGCCUUAAUUUCCUUCUCAAUUCUGUUGCAAUAUUCUAUCUCAUUACAUGUAAAAAGUGACCAAACCUCAACAACUAAGUAAUAAUAAAUAACAUAUCACAGUUCAUUAAUUCAUAUCUAGAGAAGGAUUUUUUAUUCCAGCUUUUAAGUGCGUUUAAGUGCAUUUAACAUCAAAAUUAAUAUUUAGUUCGUUUUUGGUAAAUAAUUUUGGUGGCGGUUCAUUAAUGCUUUUAACAACUUUACUGGGAAAAGCAAUAAUUAAUUGUGAUGUUGCAAGAGAUAUUUUUGGACAAAAAGUGUAAACAUUACCUGUUAUAGCGUAAUGGAAAUUGCUGGUCAAGAACGUGUUGAUUGAUGUAUAUUAGAGAAAUGCAAAAAUUCUCGAGAAAUUUCCCCAUCUGUAGCAGAACGUGUUUCAUUAAUAAAAGUGAAGUUUAUUUA